AUGGACCAGAGCAAAAUCCUGCUGUUCGUGGCGUGUACGCUGGUGUCUCUCAGUCUGAUGUGUUCUGUGUUUGCCCACACCAACUGGGGGGUUAUUUGGGAGGACGAGAGUGGGAGUAGGCAUUGGAGGGGGCUGUGGGUGAAAUGUGCCCUGUACCCUGAAGGCGACGACAAACCAUGUCAGGCAUAUUACACAGCCUUCAUAGAAGUAGCACGUGUGUUCCUUCUGGUGGACCACACUGUGUGUCUGUUGUUGAUCCCCGCCCUCCUAGCCACCAUCUUCGCCAAACCAGGACACUGUCUGACUGUAUUCUCAGCCGCCACCUCCUUCAUACACUGCGUUGUCCUUCUCAUGAGCUGUGCCUUCAUGACAGCAGACUACAAAUCGGAACCCGGUCGUCGGAUUCUCAUCGGAUGUCUCCUUGCAUGGCUCGGCUUUGUCCUCUCUUUCAUCAGCAUCUUCGUAACCACAGCAUACGCUCUAACAGCUGCUAUGAAGAAGGGGCCUAAAAAGGAGAAAUGUCCUCCACCCCCACCUCAUCACAGACCACCGAAAGUGACUCAUCCUCAUGCAGAUAUCCCUGAUGACAAUGAUAACUGCAAUUCCCAGUUUCAGAAGACACGGACACUUAUGACUGCUUACAAUUAUGAAUGCGAGUUUUGAUU